UACUUUGUUUAUAUAUAAUUUACAAUGAAUAACAGAACUAAUAUAAUAAUGGAAAACUACCUUACAAAAUAAAAAUCAUAUUAACAUUAGAAUUUUUGAUAACGAUGUUAUUCAUUUUUAAGAAAUAUUACGAUAACGCAAAGGUCACUCGCUAAUCACUUUCGAAAUGGAUACCAUCAAAAUAAGUUUGUUAUUCUUACUAGUUGCGGUUUAACUAGAGCAAGUUGUGGUCUAUUCGAUUUGAUAUAUAUAAACGCGCAAAGUUUGUAUCGCAAAUAGAAAUAGUUUUUUCUGUUAUUAAUUGAAACAAACACCAUGGAGAUUUCAGCACCAAUUUCGUUAAAGAGGCCUUUAUUUGUGCCACACAAACUCAUGAUGGGUCCGGGUCCAUCAAAUUGUUCCCCAAGAGUGUUACACGCACUAAGCCAACCGGUUUUGGGACAUCUCCACACGGAAACGACGCAGAUUAUGGACGACAUUAAAGCUGCUUUACAGUAUAUAUUUCAAACGAAAAACACAUUAACUUUAUGUAUUAGCGCAUCUGGACACGGAGGAAUAGAAGCGGUGAUGUGUAAUUUACUGGAACCCGGAGAAAAGGUUUUAAUUGCCGUUAACGGUAUAUGGGGAGAAAGAGCUUCGAACAUGGCCACAAGAUACGGAGGCAUCGUCAGGCAGAUAAAAACGGAACCAGGAAACGUGUUCACUUUGGAACAGAUCGAACAGGGAUUGAUGAAACACAAACCGGUUUUGUUCUUCAUUGUUCAAGGCGAAAGUUCAAGUGGCGCUUAUCAAAAUCUUGAAGGAAUUGGCGAACUUUGUCACAGGUACAAUUGUUUAUUUGCUGUGGAUACAGUUGCCUCUUUGGGUAGUGUACCCGUUUUUAUGGAUAAAUGGAACAUUGAUGCUAUUUACACCGGAUCCCAAAAAUGUUUGAGUGCCCCCCCUGGAAUAACACCGAUGUCUUUUAGUUCUAAAGCCCAAGACAAAAUUUUUACUCGCUUAACUCCUUGUCAUGUUUAUUAUUUAGACAUGAAAAUUUUAGGGGAUUACUGGUAUUGUUUUGGAAGACCAAGAGUAUAUCAUCACACAAUUUCCGCCACUCUGUUGUAUGGUUUAAGAGAAGCCCUAGCGAUUGCUUGUGAUGAAGGGAUGGAAAAAAUGAUUCAAAGACAUCAAGAAUGUUCUCAAAAAUUAUACGAUGGCUUAGAGAAAAUGGGGUUGGAGUUGUUUAUCAAAGAUAAACAGAAAAGAAUACCUACUGUAACAACUAUCAAAGUUCCUGAUGGAGUUAAUUGGAAAGAUGUUGUUAAUUACGCCAUGAAAACGCACUAUUUUGAAAUAAGUGGUGGUUUGGGACCAACAACCGACAAAGUUUUCAGAAUAGGUUUGAUGGGAUAUAAUGCAACGUUAAGUAACGUGGACUACACAUUGCAAAUUUUUGAGGAAUCUUUAAACUUUGCAAAAACUAAAAUGAUGAAUAAAUUGUAAUCAAAAUUUUUGAAGAAAUAAAUAAUUACAAACGCAAA